UGAAUUUUUGUGACUAAAAAUAAAAAAAUAAAUCUUUCUUUUAAUCAAUUCAAUAGCAGUACAUCCAUUUUAAGUCGAAUCGAAACUUUCGCUUUUUUGUUAUGUUUAAUUAAAGUUACAGUUCGUUUCAUUCAAGAAUUUCAGUAAUAUUCUAAGUUUUACUAAUAAUAACCUACUUUUACAAUGACAAUGUCUAGAGUGUCUCGUCUUGUAACUCAAAUCAAGACGGUUUCUAGAAAAGAAUUUAUAAAUGUAGUCCCGAGAAGAAAUGCAACCACCACUCCGACAGGGGCAAUUUUACCCGAACCUGAAAAACAACCCUUCGGUCUUCUCAGUAUAAUCUGCGCAGUUGUGCCUGGGCUACUAAUCGGAGCCGCAAUUAGUAAAAAUAUUGCAAAUUUCUUGGAAGAAAACGAACUAUUUGUGCCAUCCGACGAUGAUGAUGACGAUGAUUAAAGUCUAGAGUGAUGUGGUUCAUCAGACGAUGAUAAAAGGAUUAAAAAAAUAAUGCAAGAAAAAAUACGAUUUAGAUUGUUAUGAAGUUUAUAUUAUAAUAAUUGUUAUUCUAUUAGUUUGUGCUUAAGAGUCACAUUAAUUAUCGCAUCUUUUAUGUAAAUGUUAGGG